ACACCUCCAGGAGAUCCCAUCCUCCAGCAGCAAUGUUUCCACCAGCUUCACCUGGGACUGGGACUCCAGCAAGACCUCGGAGUUUCUUUCCAGCAUGGGAGUGUCUGUCCUUAAGAAGGAUAAGCUGGGCAAUGAAAACACUCCGCAGGACCUCCUGGUGCCGUCGUCCUGUCCUCCUCAGAAACGGCAGAAGAUGAAGGAGAAGGAAAAGGACUUUAUCAUAAUGCGCCGGCCUCGGCUGCUCCGAGAGGCAGAGUCAGGUGUUUCUUGGGAUGCGCUUCCAGAUGAACUGCUUUUGGCGAUCUUUGCAUAUUUGCCCCUAAAUGACUUGCUAAAAGUUUCCCUGAUUUGCAAGAGAUGGCAUUGUCUUUCGUUUGACGAGUCUCUCUGGCACACUCUCGAUCUGACUGGUAGAAACCUGCUGCCAGGAGUAAUUGGACAGUUGCUGCCUGCAGGUGUUACUGUAUUCCGCUGCCCAAGAUCUUGUAUUGGGAAUCCGUUGUUUAAAACAAGCAAUCCUCUCAGAGUUCAACAUAUGGAUUUGUCAAACUGCACAGUGUCUGUUGCAGAUCUCCAGAGUAUUCUUUGCCUGUGUGAAAGGCUACAGAACCUCAGCUUGGAGGGACUAGUGCUUUCUGACGACAUCAUCAAGAGCAUUGCUAAGAAUCCCAGCUUGAUGCGACUAAAUCUCUGUGGCUGCUCAGGGUUUUCAGCAGAAGCCUUGGAGCUGAUGUUGAGCAGCUGUUCUAUGUUGGAGGAACUGAACUUGUCCUGGUGUAACUUCACAGCCACCCAUGUCAAAGCAGCAGUCAAUCAUGUUACUUCAAAAGUAACCCACUUAAAUUUAAGCGGAUACAGACAGAAUCUACAAAUAGCAG